UUUUAUUCUUUGGACUUCUACCAAUUGCGCCGAUCAUUUAUUGGUGUAAUUUUAGUGUAAUAAAUCGCAAUCAUAACUUAAUAAUCAUAUUUAAGCGAAAUAGAAUAAAUCUUUAUAGAUAUAAUUAUAAGACGUUGUUUAGAAUAUGGUUCGGAAUGACGUUUUUCGAUAUUAAUUGAAUGAAAAAAAAAAAAGAUAAAAUGGAAAGUAAAGAAAAUACUCAGACAAAUGUAUUUUUGUCAGAAUACAUACCUUCAAAAACAUUUAUAUUUUCUGAACCAUAUACAUUUAAUGCUCCUAAGCAGAUAAUGGAUAUAUCUGGGAAAAAUUCAUUUACUUUUGCUAUGCCAAUAUUAGCAACACAAUCUAAUAAUCAAGAUAUAUGUGUUUUUCAACCGGAUAUAUGUGAGAAGCAAUAUAAACCAAAAAUUUCAAGAAAUUCUUAUAAAUCUGCUGUUAAUGUAUUUGCUCAAGCACUUAAAGAUACUGCAAUGUUUGAGCAAUUAAAAAAAAAUUCUAGAUCACAAAUUACUAAAAUUAAUCCAGAAAAUUCAAUAACAUGUACAAAUGUACCUCAAUCAUUACUUACUAAAGUAACAGCAAAAGAAUAUUUUAUUCAAUUCGGAAAUCUUUUAAAAAUAACUAUACGUCCUAAAAAACAAAUAAUUACAGUUAUCUAUGCUACCAACGAAGAAGCAAAUGUAGCUUAUAAUAAAAGUGGUGAAUAUUUGGGUGAAAAAUUUAAUAUAGAAUGGACAAAAUUAUCUUCUUUGCCAAAAUCUCCUACAAAGAAAAAAGAUUUACAAAAAAAUAUUGUAUCACAAAUUGUAUCUAAUUUUUUUAAAUCAUCAGAUGAUGAAAUCAGAUCAGAAAUAGAUGCUAUGACAAAUUUAGAAUAUAAUGUACACAGUAGAAAUAAUUUUAGUGGAACUUUAAGUAAAAAACAUAAACCAUUACAAUCAAAAAAUAUAUCAAAGUCAGUUACAAGAUUAACAAAAGCUGAAAAACAUAAAUCUGAUAGUCAAAUAUCUGAUCUAUUACCUAAUGCCACAAUUGAAGAACUACAAAAUAUAAUUCAACAACCUGCACAUACUUCCGAAGAUAGAUAUAAAGUAUUAGAAGCAAGAGAUCGACUUAUACGAAUGAGACAAGUUAGAUCACAUACAUUAGCAGCAGCUAAAGUAAUGAUUGGAACAUGUCCUGAUAUGUGUCCUGAAAAAGAACGUUUAAUGCGUGAAUCAAAAAGACAAGUGGCAUUAUACGAACAACUUGAAACCAAUGAAUAUGGAAUAAAUCAUAUGAGAGCAGUCAAACAAUAUUCUAGAUCUUCUGCAGAUCAAGAAGAACCAAUGGCUCAUGAAUUAAGACCAGUAAAAUCUUUAAAAAUGACUAUGAGUUAUUUAUUACAUGAAAUAGUAAAUCUUUGUGAUAAACAAGGAACAAACUUGGGAGACUGGUAUUAUUUUUUAUGGGAUAGAACAAGAGGAAUUCGAAAAGAUAUAACACAACAAGAAUUAUGUUGUAUUGAUAGCGUGGAAUUAGUUGAACAAUGUGCUAGAUUUCAUAUAGUAUGUUCUGAAAGAUUAUGUGCUGAAGAAACAUCUGUUUUUGAUAAAAGAAUCAAUUCAGAUAAUUUAACAAAAUGUUUACAAUCAUUAAAAUAUAUGUAUCAUGAUUUGAGAGUAAAGGAAAUUAAUUGUAAAAAUGAACCUGAAUUUUGGGCAUAUAUUAUUUUAUUAAAUUUAAAUAAUGGCAAUUUUAUGUGGGAUUUACAAAGAUUGCCAAACAAUAUACAAAAAUCAUCAGAAGUUCAAUUUGCAUUAGAAAUAUAUUCUGCUCUUGAAUCAAAUAAUUAUUAUAAAUUUUUUAAACUUGUUCAAAAAACUACAUAUUUAAAUGCAUGCAUCUUACUCAGAUAUUUUAAUCAAGUAAGAUUAAAAGCAUUAUCAGUAUUAGUCAAAGCUUAUUGUAGAACGGCAUCAACAGCAUAUCCAUUAUACGAAUUGAUUGAUAUUUUAGGUUUUGAGGAUGAAAAUGAAGCUAUAUAUUUUUGUGAACAGGUUGGUUUAAGCGUUUCAAAAGAUGACUUACACGUAUUAUUGAAUCGACAUAAUUUUAGUAUGCCUGUAUUAAAUAUAAAACAAAAGAGAGCACACAAUUUAAUAGAUUCUAAAAGAAUUAUACAACAUUUAUCUAUUGGAGAAUGUAUAGCAGGAGGAAAAAUGCCAGAAAAAACUUAUAAAUAUCAUAAACCUCACAAUAGUUUUGAUUUACAUGGUUAUUUAAUGCCUAAUUCUAUUAAUGCAGAAGAUCAAAAUAAAAAUAUUAUUUUUACAUCAAAUGAUCCAUAUGAGUUUAGAGAUGAAGAUGUAGUACAAAAUGAAUCAUUAAAAGAAAUAUUGGAAAAAAGUCAAAACAAUAAUGAAAAUAUGGUUAAUAUUGAACACACAACAUUAAAAUGUAUUUCAAACAUUGAAGCAGAUACAAAUCUUUUAACAUCCAUAAAAUCUAAUUCUGAUGAAUCUUGUCUCUCUAAAUCUCAUGCAGAAAUCAAUAAAUCUCAGACACACACAAAUUUGAACAUAUUAGUAAAAUCAAAACCAGAAAAUCAGAAAAAUUCAAACACAUUUAGUUUCAUAUCCAAACAGCAUUUAAAUGAAUCUUCUGUUUCACCUAAUAUAUUUAAUGUAACAUCAACAAUUUCAAAUACUUCUAAUGUAUUUGCUAAACAAUUUGAAUCGUCAUCAAAUCAUGAUAAAUCUCCUUUUGUAAUAACUAUAAAUAAAAACAUAUUUUCAACAAUGCCACAAGGAAAUAUAUUUACGAAAAAUCUUACACCUUCCACUGUUCCAAAAUCACUAAAUAUUAUAAAUUCUGUAAGUAUGACUAAAAAUAUAUCAAAAGAAGCACCAGAAUUUAUGAAUAAAACCGAAAUAAGAAAACAAAUUGUACAAGAUGAAAAAAUAGAAAAAUUAAAAGUAGAACAAGAAUCUAUUAAAAAAACACAAGAAAUUAAUGAUACUGCAAAAGAUAUUUUAAAUAUUUUAGAAACAGAAAUAAUAAAAACAUGUUGUUCUACUAUAGUGAAAGAAGAAAUGGAUAAAAUAUAUAUUUACAAUACACUUGGUGAAGAUAUUAAUAAUAAAGUUUUAAAUGAAGUAACUUAUGAAAUUUGCAAUAAUUUAUUAAAGGAAGAAAUCAAUGUUCAAAAAUUAUAUGAAAUGUCAAUGAAAAUAAAAAAUAGAGUAAUUAUAAAAUAUUUAAAAAAGUGGAAAUGUAAUACAUUAAAAAAAAAACAACAAAGAAGAGCAUUAGAAAAUACACCAGUAUGGUUACAAAAAUAUUCUAGUGAACAAUGUGCAAAAUUAUUAUACUCUAAGGAACAAGAUAUAGUUAUUAAAAACAUGUGUAAAAAACAAGAUGAACAAAAAGAUAUCAAAUAUUAUUUUGAAUCUUUAGCACCAAUUAAAGUUAUUAUUUACAUUGGUAUUAAAGAAUACUUAAAAACUUUAGACAUUAAUAUACAAUCCAACUAUUAUUGGAAAUUAGUUAUUUCAUGGCCAAAUUUACACAAUAAAACAGUUUUAUGGCAUUAUAAAAAAAUAAUGAAUCAAUAUCUUUGUCCUGAAGAUUAUACUACAGAACCUAUUAUAAUAUUAUAUCAACCAAAUCAAGUUGAAACAUUGCAUAUAUGUAUUAGACAUUUUGAAGGUCUUAUUAGCGAUCAUAAUUUAAUAGGAUCAGACGCUCUUUUAUUCAUAGCAGAUGCUUCUGAAGAAAUUAAAUUUGUUGUAAAACGUUUAAUGAAUGCUGUAUUAGCAAGAGAUAAACUUAUGCCUAUACCACUUGUAUUUAUUAUUUUUGGUCAUUCAAUCUUUCAAACCCAAGAUGGAGAAAUUAUUUCUAGUUUGGAAAAAUUGUUGAAAUCUGGAUAUUUAUCAGUAUACACAAUUAUCCAUGAAAAAGAUUUGACUGAGAAAACAAUUUUAAAUUUAACACAAAGUGCAAUACUUUGGUUAUCCAUAAAUAAAUCUUCUCAAAAUCCACUAGAAAUGAAUUAUUUACAAAAUAUUUAUGAUACUUAUUUAACAGAAGAUUUAUGGUUAAGGAUAUAUGAUAACUCAUUUUUUAAUGAAAAGUUAUUACAUGCUUUAGAGGAACCUAAUUUUAUAAUUAAUUUACAUAAUGAAGCAGUUUCUCAUAUAAUAGAUAUAAUAUUAAGCCCAGAAACUUUUAUGUAUACAAAAUUUGCUCCAGAAUUAAAAAAAUUUGUCAAAAAUCAAUAUAUGAUGCCAUGUAGUUAUGAAUAUUUUGAUGAUGUUUGGAAAAAUGAAGAUUAUAAAGCAAAAUUAGAAAAAGUGAUGUCUAGUUUUAAGCUACCUCAAUGGAAGUAUUCAUGGCCUAUAAAUAAUAAUAUCAUAUUUCAUCAAAAUAUAACAAAUUACUGUCAAGAAGCAUUAUUUAUUUCUGACAGUAAUGAAAUAUCUUGUAAUAUAUUAAGUAACAUUUUUAUUACAACAGGAAUUUCCACUAUAUCAAAUUUUAUCAACAUUUUAUUGUAUAUUAUUAAGCAAAAAAUACAUCUUCUUGAUAAAGAUUUAAAAGUAAUCUAUAAUAAGAAUUAUAUGAAAUACUUUCAGACAUUACCAUGGUGGUUGAAAUCCAAUCUAUUAAUUCAAUAUAAGAUUGUAUCAAAAAAUGUUAAUAUUCAAGAAACUGAAAAAGAAAAUAGAAAAAAGAAUAAUAUUAAUGAACCAGUAGUAAAAAAACGGAAAUUAAAUAAAUAUCAAGAAAGUAAUGUUGAAUUUGAAUCAUUAGCAACAUUUUGUGAAAAUAGUCGUAGUCAAAUUAUGGAAGUGCAUUGCAUUUCAAAAAAAAUUGAAAAUCGUUUAAAGGAACAUCAACAACAAAGUUAUUCAUUUGAAAAAAAAUUAAAAGAUGCUUUAUUUAAUGAAUAUUUAAUGAAAUGAAAUAUUUUUUAACAAAAUGUAACAUAUAAAAAAGUUAAUAUUAUAUUUAUAAUACUUUAUAAAAUCUAUUGUGUUUACAGUAUUAUAUAAGAAAUAAUGAAUUCAUGUAUAUACUAUAAGUAAUAUUUAACUCUUUAACAUAUAAUUAUAUCAUAUAAUUCAUUCCUCUGAAUAUUACAUUGUAAAAAAUAAAUGGGUAAAGUAUAAUAUUUAUUACAAAAUUGUGAAGUUAUAUAUUAUUUUAAUUAUGAAAAUUGAAAUGAAUAGUAUUUUUAUUCCUUUUACUCAGAAAAAGUAAAUAUUGUAUUGCUAAGAAAUGCUCUGAAGUUUUUGGAUUAUACAAAAGCAAAUCUGUACAAAUC